AUCCCACCUCACUCCUCCCCGCCUAUUUGCAGCCUUCAGCAUGGCAAACCCCUCAAGGAACAACCUGCCUUCUGCUGCAAACCCCACCAGGCAUGCAGCAACUCCGUCCAUCACCUUAUCUCCGCGAUUUCCUUGUCGCCGCUGCUUCCGGCAGUUUGACUCCCCUCAAGCGCUCGCCGGGCAUCAGAACGCGCACAAAGACGAGCGAGCAGCUCAGCGAAACUUUCUGGCCACUCAUCAGCAGCAAUACCAAGCAGCCGUGUCUUUUAACGUGUGGCCAGAACACAUCCAGCCGCCCAUAAUCUCAUCUCCGCUAUUUCCUUGUCCCCACUGCUCCAGGCUCUUUGACUCCCCUCAAGCGCUCGCCGGGCACCAGAACGCUCACAAGCACGCGCGAGCAGCUCAGCAAAACUUUCCGGCCACUCAUCAGCAGCAAUACCAAGCAGCUGUGUCUUUUAACGUGUGGCCGGAGCACAUCCAGCCGCCCAUAAUCUCAUCUCCGCUAUUUCCUUGUCCCCACUGCUCCAGGCUCUUUGACUCCCCUCAAGCGCUCGCCGGGCACCAGAACGCUCACAAGCACGCGUGAGCAGCUUGGUAAAACUUUCCGGCCACUCAUCAGGAGCAAUACCAAGCAGUUGUGUCUUUUAACGUGUGGCCGGAACACAUCCAGCCGCCCAUAAUCUCAUCUCCGCUAUUUCCUUGUCACCACUACUCCUGACGCUCUCUCCCCUACCACCGAUGUGGAUGAUUCUUCUGCCGAUAUUGACCUCACCCUCCGCCAGUGAAGCAGCGAGUUUCUCUUUCUCUUAACUUCUUUCUUUUUGGUUUUUGAAAGGAAAUGGAACACGUCAGUGGGGUUUGAUGAGAAUGAAAGUGGUUAGGCUUAAUGAGUCUCUUGUUUGGUGUUCGUUUCCAUAUGUCUAUGGGGUUUCAACUUUUUUUUUUUUCCUCAUCUUACUAAAAUUAAAGUGAAUGGUGAUGAUGAUGAAUCAUGAAUGUUAGUUCCCUUAGCUUUGCUCUUAUAUAUGAAAGUAGUAAUUAAGUAGCAUUGUAUGAUAUGUAGAUUCGAUCGAUCUUGAUUAUAUCUUCUUUCUUGAUCUGUUGUACUUUAAACCUGCAGAUUCCAACAUCUCUCUUGAUUUCCAUUUUCUUUCUUUUUUGUUGAAGGAACGAAAUAAUUAAAAUAAAAAAUCAUGAGUAAG